AUGGCUACCCAGUCCCCCAAUAUCGAUUACCAAGCGGAACUCGAUGUUCUAAAACAAAUUGGACCGCGGCUGACUGGCAGUGAGCAACACAAUCAGCUCAUUGAUCACAUCGAAACCCGCCUGAAGAACAUCGGAUACGACGUGCACUCCGAUCCAUUCUCCUUCCAAUACAUGCCCCCCUUCACCAGUCCGGCCACCCUCAAAAUCGGCGACGAAUCCAUCCACAUCUCCUCUGUCUUCCCUUACAGCGGCUUCACCGCGCCGGAGGGCAUAACCGGCAAGCUCGUCCGCCUGCGCGGCCCUCUCCACCGCUGGUCCUCCGCCCGCGACCAGAUCGCCGUCGUCGCGCUCACCAACCCUCCCGUGCCCUUCUCCGCCCUCGUCUCCGUCUGGGACGGCUCCGCGCCGUGGGGCCCCGAGAACGCGCCCCUGCUCCCCGCCACGCUCCUCGGCGCCUCCAUCGCCAAGGCCCGCGCCGCCGGCGUCCGCGCCGUCGUCGUCGCCUGGGACGCCGCCAGCAUGUCGCCGGCCGCCGCGGCCAACCAGUACCUCCCCUUCACCAUGGCGUACCAGGACCUGCCCGUCGUGUUCGUCGCGGGCACCGCGAGCGCGAGGGUGCUCGAGGCGGCCGCGGACGAGACGGCGACGCUGACGCUUCCCUCUCCCGGGCUCCGGCAAGCCUCCUCGCGGUCCGUGUGGGCCGUGGCGGAGGGCGAGGAGCCAGGUGAGACGGUGCUGGUGGUCACGCACACGGACGGCGUCAACGUCGUCGAGGAGAACGGGCACGUCGGCGUGCUGCAGCUGGCGCAGGACGCGCGGGCCAAGAAGCCGCGCCGCACGCACGUGUUCGUCUUCGUGUCCGGGCACAUGCGCAUCCCCGCCGUCUCCGAGCACGGCCAGGCGACGUCCAAGUGGCUGCGGGAUCACCCCGAAUGGUGGCGCGACGAGCGCAAGGCCGUCGCCGCGCUCGUCAUCGAGCACCUGGGCGCCAUGGAGUACGUCGACGACCCCGCCCGGGGAACCCUCGAGAGGACCGGCAAGCCGGUGCCGGAGCUGCUGUACGCAAACACGCCGCAGCUGGCGGCGCUGCUGGGCACCGAGUGGACCGGCAUGGAGGCGGCGCCCGGCCAGACUCGCAUUUCCCGGCCGUCGGCGUACAUCCAGUUCGGGGAGGGCGAGCCGCUGGCCCAGGCUGGCAUCCCGAACGUUGCUCUGGUGACGGCUCCCAUAUACUUGCUCGCGGCCUGGGAGGGGGAUGAGGGUGAGUUGAUUGAGCUUGCCGGCCUGACGAGACAGAUCGAUAGUUUCCGCAGACUUCGUGAGCAUAUCGACGAGCUGGACACGGCGGCACUGGGUAGCCCUGUCGCGGCGGGCCCGAUUCAGUACUUCACGCAGGGAAUCACACUGGCUUUGGCCGCUGCAAAAACCUUUUUAGGGCGACAGUAG